AUGAUUGCGUCCAACUUUCUACCGUCACGCUUCCGCGGCGAGCAGCCGCAGUGUCAGAAUGCCGCGCCCUCGUGGCUCAACAAGAAGGUCACACCACUGCUUCAGGUGUUGGCUCGCAUCACCUCAACACAUCCAAUACACACCAUUGUGAUUGUUGCUCUCCUAGCCAGUUCAUCCUACAUCGGUCUAUUGGAGGAGAGUCUUUUCGAUGCCGCCAGGAGCGUUCGCAAGGCGGAGUGGUCUUCCCUCGUCGAGGGCAGCCGUCAGCUUCGCGUUUCCGAGGACACAGCUUGGAAGUGGCAGCCUUACGAUUCCGAUGCUCCCAUCCCCCCAACUGCCGAUCAUCUCGCGCUUCUAACUCUCGUCUUCCCGGAGGCUCUGUCGACCGACCCUUCGCGGGCCCCUCCUCUGGCGAACUCGGUUCCCAUCCCACAAAACUUGUCGAUUCGCCCGCUCCCGUCGACUUCGAAUUCAUUCAGCACGUACUCUCAAGAUAGUGCUCUUGCCUUUUCGAUUCCCUACAGCCAGGCUCCCGAGUUUCUUGCCAUCGCCCAGGAAAUCCCCAAUGGCAUUCCGUCACAGGAGACCAGGGAGACCGACAACGGCCGGGAGACAAAGAUGUGGAUUAUGAAAGCAGCGAGAGCCCGCACCAGCAGCAGCAUUGCAAAAUGGUUCCAGAACGCCUGGGUUGAGUUCACUGACCGGCUCAAGAAUGCCGAGACUCUGGACAUCGUGAUCAUGACCCUUGGUUACAUCUCCAUGCACCUCACAUUUGUGUCUCUCUUCGUAUCGAUGCGUCGUCUGGGUUCCAACUUCUGGCUGGCUACGAGCGUCAUCUUCUCGUCCACGUUCGCCUUCCUGUUUGGUCUGUUUGUCACCACCAAGCUCGGCGUGCCAAUCUCCGUGGUCCUGCUGUCUGAGGGUCUGCCUUUCCUGGUUGUUACUAUCGGCUUCGAAAAGAACAUUGUUCUCACCCGUGCUGUUCUGUCUCAUGCCAUUGAGCACCGCCGCCCUGAGAAGUCGUCUGGCAAGAGUAAGAAGGCCGAUGCGUCUCAGAGCCUCAUCCAGUCGGCCAUUUAUAUUGCUAUCAAGGAGAAGGGUUUUGAUAUCCUCAAGGAUUAUGCCAUUGAGGUCGCAUUCCUGAUCAUCGGCGCUGCCUCAGGCGUGCAGGGUGGUCUGCAACAAUUCUGCUUCCUGGCCGCUUGGAUCCUAUUCUUUGAUUGCAUCCUUCUCUUCUCCUUCUACACGGCUAUCCUGUGCAUUAAGCUGGAAAUUAAUCGCAUCAAGCGCCACGUCGAGAUGCGCAAGGCCCUGGAGGAUGAUGGCGUCAGCCGUAGGGUUGCCGAGAACGUAGCCCGGAGCAACGACUGGCCCCGUGCUGAUGGGAAGGAUCAGCCGGGCACAACCAUCUUUGGUCGCCACAUCAAGAGCACUCACAUUCCGAGGUUCAAGGUGCUUAUGGUUUCUGGCUUCAUCCUUGUCAAUGCUCUAAACCUUUGCACCAUUCCCUUCCGGAGCGCAAAUUCAAUCUCGAAUAUCUCCUCAUGGGCUCGCGGCUUUAGUGGUCUUGUCAGCUCCCCCCCUGUCGAUCCUUUCAAAGUCGCCUCGAACGGCCUUGACAUCAUUCUGGAGAGCGCUAAGGCCGAAGGCCGGGAGACUAUUGUUACAGUUCUUACUCCCAUCCGUUACGAGCUUGAGUUCCCAUCAGUGCACUACGACCUGCCGCAGAAGGCCGCUAAGGACGGCGAGGAAGGCUUUGCCAUUCGUGGAUAUGGUGGCCGCAUGGUUGAUGGCAUUCUCAAGAGCUUGGAGGACCCAAUCCUGUCGAAGUGGAUUGUGGUCGCCUUGGCUAUGAGUCUGGCGCUUAACGGCUAUCUCUUUAAUGCUGCGAGGUGGGGUAUCAAGGAUCCAAAUGUCCCAGAUCAUCCCAUUGAUCCCAAGGAGCUAGCCCAGGCGCAGACUUUCAACGACACCGAGUCAGCCACGCUUCCUUUGGGCGAGUACAUGAAGCCUCCUGUUCCGACCCCAUCUGUUCCGCCAACCCCGGCUUUGUCUGAUGAUGAGGCGGAGGCGGCCCGAAAGAAGCUGGCUGCUCCAACUGUCCCUGAGCAGCCUCAGCCCAUGCGGAGCCUACAAGAGAUGGAGAAGAUGCUUCUCGAAAAGCGUGCUCAUGAGCUGACGGAUGAAGAAGUCGUUGCCUUGUGUCUUCGUGGCAAGAUUCCCGGCUAUGCUUUAGAGAAGACACUUAAAGAUUUCACCCGGGCUGUUAAGGUCCGUCGUACCGUUGUCUCUCGCACCAAGGCUACCGCUGAUUUGACCGGCUUCCUCGAACGCUCCAAGUUGCCAUACCAAAAUUACAACUGGGCUCAAGUCCACGGUGCCUGCUGCGAAAAUGUCAUUGGAUAUAUGCCUGUCCCGGUCGGUGUUGCUGGUCCUCUGGUUGUCGAUGGUCAGAGCUAUUUCAUUCCUAUGGCUACGACGGAGGGCGUGCUGGUUGCUAGCACGAGCAGAGGUUGCAAGGCUAUCAAUGCCGGUGGCGGUGCGGUCACUGUCCUUACUGGAGAUGGUAUGACACGCGGCCCUUGCGUGAGCUUCGAGACGCUGGAGAGGGCUGGUGCUGCUAAGCUCUGGUUGGAUUCUGAGAAGGGUCAAGCGAUCAUGAAGAAGGCGUUUAACUCGACCAGUCGCUUUGCUCGUCUUGAGUCAAUGAAGACGGCCAUGGCUGGCACGAACCUCUACAUCCGCUUCAAGACCACUACUGGUGACGCCAUGGGUAUGAACAUGAUUUCGAAGGGUGUCGAACACGCCCUCAAUGUUAUGAUGAGCGAAGGUUUCGAGGAUAUGAACAUCGUGUCCGUCAGCGGCAACUACUGCACUGACAAGAAGCCUGCUGCCAUCAACUGGGUCGAUGGUCGUGGCAAGAGCGUCGUUGCUGAGGCCAUCAUUCCCAGUGAGAUUGUCAAGUCGGUCCUCAAGACUGAUGUUGACACUAUGGUUGAACUAAACCAAAACAAGAACUUGAUCGGUUCUGCCAUGGCUGGUGCCAUUGGUGGCUUCAACGCCCAUGCCGCCAAUAUCGUUGCCGCUAUCUUCAUUGCCACCGGUCAGGACCCCGCCCAGGUGGUGGAGAGCGCCAACUGCAUUACGAUCAUGAGGAACCUCCGUGGUUCUCUCCAAAUCUCCGUCUCCAUGCCUUCUCUCGAGGUUGGCACUCUUGGUGGAGGUACCAUUCUCGACCCACAAGCCGCUAUGCUCGACAUGCUAGGCGUUCGCGGCCCACAUCCGACUCAUCCUGGUGAGAAUGCUCGCCGUCUUGCCCGGAUCGUGGCUGCCGCUGUGCUUGCUGGUGAACUGUCGCUCUGCAGCGCUCUCGCGGCCGGCCACCUCGUCAAGGCACACAUGCAGCACAACCGCAGUCAGCCUCCGACUCGGUCAGCGACGCCUGCCCCCACGCAGUCAGCGCCUGUCGCAACAGGUAUUGAUCAGCGGGGUAUGAGCGCGGCCGCUAUCGAGAGGGCAAGGCGGUGA